AUGUCUGACAGACUAUUAGGGAAUACUCUUAUUAGUAUGUAUGUAAAGUGUGGAAAUUUGAUUGACGCUCGCAAAGUAUUUGACAGGAUGUCUGAAGGAGAUGUCUGCUCAUGGACUGUCAUGAUUGCAGCGUAUGGAAAGUAUGGUCCUGCGGAGGAGGCUCUACAACUGUUUGAGAAAAUGCAACCCAAACCCAAUUCCUUCACCUUUGCAAGUGUCAUUUCAGCCUGCGCGAACCUGAGAUUUCUAGACCAGGGUGUCCAGAUUCACAAAGAAGUAAUAAAAAGAGGAUUUGAGUUUCAUAUCUCUGUAACCAAUGCACUCAUAGACAUGUAUGCAAAAUGUUGUAAAAUAGAUAAGGCACGCCAACUGUUUGACAAAAUGUCGCAACCCAAUGUCGUGUCUUGUACGUCCAUGAUUACAGGAUAUGCAUACAAUAGGCUUGUUGACGAGGCCCUGAAAGUUUUCCAGCAAAUGCCUCAACGAGACGUUUUCUCUUGGAAUGCCAUGCUUGCAGGAUAUUUGCGUAACGGACUGACUGAUGAAGCCACAGUUUUUUUUAAGGGAAUACCUUGCCGAGAUACUGUUUCAUGGAAUGUAAUGAUUGCAGGAUAUGCACAAAAUGGGCUUGUUGAUGAAGCUCUGCACUUAUUUGAGGAAAUGCCUCAACCAAGCAUUGUCGCCUGGAAUGCUGUAAUUGCAGGUUAUGCUCAGAGUGAGCAUAGUGAGCAAGCCCUGCAGAUUUUUCACCAAAUGCAAUCUGCUGGCAUAAAGCCAAACUCAAAAACCUUUGUUAGUGUUCUACCGGCAUGUGCAAAUUUGACAGCUCUGGAACAAGGGAUAGAAAUCCAUGAUAAAAUAAUUGCAAGUGGAUUUCAGUAUGAUGAAUUUGUGAUGAGUGCCCUCAUAGACAUGUAUGCAAAAUGCGGAAAUAUAGAGAAGGCACGGGAAUUGUUUGACAAAAUUCAUCGUCAGGAUGUUGUCUGCUGGACGACAAUGAUUUCAGGAUAUGCAAUGAAUGGCUGUGCACAAGAAGCCCUAAAAUUGUUUGAACAAAUGAAAUGUUCUGGCACUUCCCCAAAUCAUGUUACCUUUCUUAGUGUUUUGACUGCUUGCAGUCAUGCAGGUUUAGUAGAGGAAGGCUUUCAAUGCUUGAAUUCCAUGGUCGAGUGUUAUCACAUUGAACCUGGAAUUGCGCACUACCGAUGCACUGUUGAUCUGCUAUGUAGAGCUGGUCGUCUGGAUGAAGCGCAAGACUUUAUCCACAAGAUGCCAGUAAAACCUGAUGUUGCUGUUUGGAGUUGUUUGCUUAAUGCUUGUAGAUUGUAUAAUAACAUUGAGUUGGGAAAGCAAGCAGCAGAUUGUAUUUUUAAGUUGGAGCCCACGGAUGCUACACCUUACGUGGUUCUCUCAAACAUUUAUGCUGCAGCUGACAGGUGGGAUGACACUGAAAAGGUGAGAAAAUUUAUUAAGAACAGAGGCUUAAAAAAAGCACCUGGAUGUAGUUGGAUUGAAAUAAAUAAACAGGUGCACGCUUUCCUUAGUCCAAAAUGA